AGUCUUAAAGAUUGUCUUUGCCCUUCAUUAUUUUUAUCUCGACUGUCUUUAUUCCGCUCCUUGCUAAAACAGCGGAUUAUCGAAAUUUAAAUACAAUUAUGUUCAACAUACUAAAGAAUCGUCUGUCUCAUCGCAGUUUGCGUCAAUUGAAAAAAUUAUCAAUUAAUUCAUCAUUACAGACGAAUGCAAGAUUACAUUUAUCUUCUACUAUGACCUGUAAGGAAGAGGAAUGCAUGGAAGAUUAUAGAAUUGAAAGAGACACAUUUGGAGAAUUAAAAGUUCCUGCAGACAAAUAUUAUGGCGCACAAACUCUUCGAGCAGUGCUAAAUUUUCCAAUUGGUGAUACAUUUGAGCGUAUGCCUUGUAGACAGAUAAUUGCUAUGGGUAUAUUAAAAAAAGCUGCUGCAGAAACAAAUAAAGAAUUUAAUUUGGAUCCUAAAAUUGCCGAUGCUAUUAGUAAAGCAGCAGAUGAUGUAAUAAGUGGAAAGUUAUAUAAUGAUCACUUCCCUUUGAUUAUUUGGCAAACUGGAUCUGGAACACAGACUAAUAUGAAUGUCAAUGAGGUUAUUGCCAAUCGUGCGAUAGAGAUACUCGGUGGCGAACUUGGCUCAAAAAAACCUGUGCAUCCAAAUGAUCAUGUUAACAUGUCGCAGAGUAGCAAUGAUGCAUUUCCAACAGCUAUGCACAUAGCUAUUGCCUUAGAAAUUCAUCAAAUAUUACUACCAGGCUUAGAAGAAUUACAUAAAGCGUUGAAAGAAAAAGCAGAAAACUGGAAAGAUAUCAUAAAAAUUGGUAGAACGCACACUCAAGAUGCGGUACCGUUAACAUUGGGUCAAGAAUUUUCAGGAUAUGUUACGCAGGUUGAAUAUGGUAUUCAAAGAGUAAAAGAUACAUUGCCAAGAUUGUAUCAACUAGCACUUGGUGGUACAGCAGUCGGUACCGGAUUAAAUACGCGAAAAGGUUUUUCUGAAAAGGCAGUUGCAAAAAUUGCACAAUACACUGGUUUACCUUUUGUCCCUGCUCCAAAUAAAUUUGAAGCUUUGGCUGCACACGAUGCAAUUGUUGAAGUACACGGAGCUUUUAAUACAGUAGCUAUUUCUCUCAUGAAAAUAGCAAAUGAUAUCAGAUUUUUGGGAAGUGGACCUAGAUGCGGUUUAGGCGAAUUAUCUCUUCCAGAAAAUGAACCUGGAAGUUCUAUUAUGCCUGGAAAAGUAAAUCCUACGCAAGCAGAAUCAUUGACUAUGGUGUGUAGUCAAGUAAUGGGUAAUCAUGUGGCAAUAAGUGUUGGUGGUAGUAAUGGUCAUUUUGAACUUAAUGUUUUUAAACCGCUUAUGCUUGCGAACACUUUGAGAUCUGCAAGAUUAUUGGGUGAUGGUUGCUCUUCGUUCGCAAAGAAUUGCGUUGUAGGCAUUACUCCGAAUAUUGACAACAUAAAGAAAAACUUAAAAGAGAGUUUAAUGCUUGUGACGGCAUUAAAUCCAUAUAUUGGUUAUGAUAAGGCUGCUACUAUUGCUAAAUAUGCACAUAAAGAAAAUCUGACGCUAAAAGAAUCGGCAUUAAAACAUGGAGUAACGGCGGAACAAUUUGACGAAUGGGUUAAACCUGAAAAAAUGCUUGGGCCGAAAUAAUUUUUAUUUCAAAACGAUAUUUAAUACUAAUAUAUGUGUCGUUAUACUUUGCACAAUUGAGUUUUUUUAUAUUCUACAUCCAUAUUUUCAAUUUUCCUACAUCCUAAAUAAAUUGUUUUUUUUCCUUAUUUAAUUUUGCUUUGUUUUUAUUUUAUUUUUUCGUUUUGUAUGAAAUCUGAUUUUCGUUACUCCACUGAACUGGAUUAAAACUUUGUUUUCAUGAAACUUUGAACAUAUAUCUAUUUUAUUUUAACUAUAAGUGUAGUAACACUAGUUGUAAAAACAAGCUAUGAUUAGAAGAUUUUGAAAUAAAAAUAAAUAAAUUAUUACA